AAAUAUUGAGUGGCAGCAGGUGAAACAAGAGAACACAAUACACUUCUGAAAGAUGAAGGUCUUUGCUUUCCUCAUUCUUCUGAUAGCUGUGACCAGUGCUAAGAGAUUAGGCCGGUGCACAGUUGCCCGCAUUUUCAAAGAAAAUGGACUGGAUGGGUAUGAAGGGUAUGGAUUAGGAAACUAUAUAUGCAUGGCAUUCUGGGAAAGCCAUUUCAAAACACAUAAAGUGAGAACCAGUGACAAUAUAGGAAAAGACUAUGGCAUCUUUCAGAUCAACAGCUACAAGUGGUGUGAUGAUGGUCUUCCUACUGGCAAAAAUCUCUGCAAAAUCAAGUGUGGAGACCUCUUGGGUGAUGAUCUAAAAGCUUCAGUAGACUGUGCCAAGAUCAUUGUAAAGCUAGAAGGACUCAAAUCAUGGUCUACUUGGGAGAAAUACUGUGAUGGAAGAAACAUGAGAAGAUGGACUAAAGGAUGUGAUAUUUACUAAGUUCAGAGCAAUCUCAACAUGCCAUAUAAAUAGAAAUGAUCCCCAUUAGUUUUGCUUCAUCUCAUUGUAACAGCUUUCAGUUGCGUUUCAAGAGUGUACACAUAAACUAGGAGAAUUUGCUUGCUACUGGUGGAUUGAUUGAUGCAUUUUAAUGUAUUCGUUUAAUGCUGAUGAUUUUGUAAUAUGGGAUCUGCUUAUCAGUAUGAAAGUAAUAUUAUUAUACAAAGUUUCAGCAAGGGGAAGUGGAAAGAUGUUAUGAUGGUUACGCUCUAUCUACUACAGUAUCUUCAUUUUUUGUACAAAAACUUUUGAAAACCGCAGAUUCAGAAUAUUUUGCAAUUAACUCUGUAAUCUUUUACUGGCAAAUAAAGGCUAGCAUAUUUUAACUUGC